UAGUUGGUUUUUGUUGGUUGUUCGUUCAGAAGAAAAAACAUGGAGGUUUCAAUGGUGGCAACGGGACUAUUAUUCUCUACUACUACUACAUCAUCCACUCUAACCCUCAGACCUCAACAACCACCAAGGUUUCCCGCGUUUCCCACGCCUUCCAGAUACAACCCACUCCGAACAACAGUCUUUGUUACUUCUGCCACCGUGUCUCCCACCGGUGGCAAAAUCGAGCACAAUCUUCAGGACCCUGAAAACAAGAGGCCUAUUCGCUUUGAUGAGAACCUCAAGAAGGUCUUUGCAGGGAGAGAUGAAUUUGGUAUGCUUGAGAUUGCUGAGUUGACAAGUCCUCGCUCCCGUACUCGUACCUCCAUCUCCAAAUCCUCCUCUGACCCCAACUCCGGUAAACCCUGGUCCAACCACCACCUCUCUCCUCCAGGUCAGCGUAUUCUUAACACCUUACUCGACACACCCCCUGAUACCCCCCUUCACCUCAACAAUAUUCUCUCUCCCCUUUUCACCCAACCUCAUCCACACCCCACUCGUUUAUCUCGUGAUAUUCUUGCUAUUCUCAAAGCUUUAGGCUUUCGCAAAAAAACUCAACUUGCCUUCUCCGUUUUCGAUUGGGUUCGCAACCAUCAAGAUUCUUCUAAUCUUUUAACUGGUUCUGCUAUUGCUGUUAUUGUUAACAUUCUCGGCAAAGCGGGCCGGGUUUCAUCCGCUGCAUCCUUGCUUAAAACACUCGAAAACGAUGGGUUUGAGAUUGAUGUUUAUGCUUAUACUUGUUUGAUAACUGCUUAUGCUAGUAAAGGUCGGUAUAAUGAUGCUGUUUCUGUGUUCAACAAAAUGCAACGUGACGGUUGUACCCCUACUCUUGUUACUUACAAUUCCAUUUUGAAUGUUUAUGGCAAAAUGGGUAUGUCUUGGUCUCGUGUUACUGCCAUUUUUGAUUCUAUGAAAACAAAUGGAGUUGUUCCGGAUUUGUAUACUUAUAAUACACUUAUCACUUGUUGUCGCCGAGGUUCGUUAUAUGAGGAAGUUGUUAAUGUGUUUGAUCAGAUUAAGUCUGCGGGUUUUGUUCCUGAUAGGGUUACUUAUAAUGCGUUGUUAGAUGUUUUUGCGAAGGCUAGACGACCCAAAGAGGCUUUGCAGGUUCUUAAAGAUAUGGAAAGUAAUGGCUUUUCUCCAACUAUUAUUACUUACAAUUCGUUGAUAUCUGCUCAUGUUAGAGGUGGUUGGUUGGAGGAAGCAUCCCGGCUUAAAGUUCAGAUGGUGGAGAAAGGGAUUAAGCCGGAUGUUUUUACUUACACCACACUUUUGUCGGGGUUUGAGAAGGCCGGGAAAGAUGAGUUUGCUUUUGAAGUUUACGACGAAAUGAAAGCGGCGGGAUGCAAACCGAAUAUUUGUACCUUUAAUGCUCUUAUCAAGAUGCAUGGUAAUCGUGGGAUGUUUGUGGAAAUGAUGAAAGUUUUUGAGGAGAUUAAGGAAUGUGGGUGUUCUCCUGAUAUUGUUACUUGGAACACACUUUUGGCUGUGUUUGGACAUAAUCAAAUGGACUCUGAAGUGGCAGGAGUAUUUAAAGAGAUGAAGAGAUCCGGGUUUGUGCCAGAGAGGGACACUUUCAACACUUUAAUUAGUGCAUACAGCAGAUGCGGUUCGUUUGAUCAAGCAAUGGCUGUUUAUAAAAGCAUGCUGGAAUCUGGAGUGUCUCCUGAUCUCUCUACUUAUAAUGCUGUCUUAGCUGCCUUGGCUCGAGGAGGUUUCUGGGAACAGUCUGAGAAAAUUAUUGCUGAAAUGAAGGAUGGUCGGUGUAGACCGAAUGAGCUAACAUACUCUUCUCUACUUCAUGCCUAUGCCAAUGGUAAGGAGAUUGAAAGGAUGAAAGCACUUGGUGAGGAGAUUUACUCUGGCUCUAUUGAAACACAUCCUGUUCUGUUGAAGACCCUUGUUCUAGUAAGUAGCAAGAGUGAUCUCCUGAUGGAAACAGAGCGUGCUUUUUUUGAAUUAAAGGAAAGAGGAAUUACACCCGGCCUAACUACUCUGAAUGCAAUGAUUUCAAUAUAUGGGAGGAAGCAGGUGGUGUCCAAGGCCAAUGAGAUUUUGAAUUUCAUGUAUGAGAAUGGUUUUACUCCAAGUUUGACUACAUAUAAUAGCUUGAUGUAUAUGUACAGCCGUUCUGAUAAGUUCCAAAAAUCAGAAGAAAUCUUAAGGGAAGUUCUGAAGAAAGGUAUGAAACCGGAUAAAGUUUCAUAUAAUACUGUUAUUUACGCAUAUUGCAGAAAUGGCAGGAUGAAGGAGGCUUUGAGGAUGUUUUCUGAAAUGAAAGAUUCUGCACUUGUUCCAAAUGUUGUAACUUACAACACAUUUGUUGCAACUUAUGCUGCUGACUCAAUGUUUGUUGAGGCUAUCGAUGUUAUUCGAUACAUGAUCAAGCAAGGAUGUAGGCCUGACCAAAAUACUUAUAACUCCAUCAUUGAUUGGUAUUGUAAGCACAACCGGCAAGAUGAAGCAAACAGUUUCGUGAAAAACCUUGGUAAUAUCGACCCACAUGUUUCCAAGGAAGAGAAAAGUAGGUUACUAAAGAGAAUGGCAAGGGAAUUGCCAUGAGUUUGUGGAUGACUUGUUCAUGGUUUACGAGAAUUCAAAAUAUUAAAUAUAGUAUCUGGGUAUGGAAUUCGGUGUAAAGGGGGUGGUGUUCCUUCACUGCAGCUUAUUUGGAGAAAAAGGUAGCAGUAUGUCUGCUCAUUGAUGCUUGCUGGUUGGGUUGUAUAUAAAGAUGGGAAAUUAAAUAAUAGAAAGAGGAGGGAGAUGGGUUGGUGUUAAUAUCAAUACCGUGUAGAUAGUAAACUAUGUAGUCAUGCUAUCAAGAAAAAUACAUGUGAAGUGAAGGCUAUUUUUAUUUGUCAUGUAGUGUAUCUGUAACAACACAUGAAUUAUUAGGUAUUUGUUUUAGGAGCUUUAUUAAAGAUGAUUCCUGCAGGUAUGACUGAAUUUCAUGCUUGUCUAAUCAAACUGAAGUUUCAAAAUUUAAAAGGGAAGUUUGGUAAUUGAAAAGAGAGGGCAGGGGAUGAGAAUGGGAUAACGGUUGGAGCAGAGUGGGGAUAGUGUUAUUGAGUAAGUUAACAUUUCUUUUCGAAGAGAGAGAUACUAACUAAGAUUAUCCGAAUCUAUUCAUCAUUCGUUUGUUGUGAGUGAAAGAAGAAAGAACGUGGCGGUUUCAAUGGCAACGAGACUAUUACUCACUCUACUACAUCAUCCCCACUCUAAUCCUCAGGCCUCAGCAACCACCAAGGUUUGUUGCGUUUCCCACACCUGCGAGAUGCAACCCACUCCGAACAACAGUUGUUACCACUGUCUCUCCCAGCGGCUGGAAAAUUCGCGGUAUCAUGAAGACCAAAAAUAUCUUAUACAAGACCUUGUCGGCCUUCCCGAGAUUUCACGAACCCAAGCACUCAAGCACAUUUGGGCCUACAUUAAGUAACACAAUCUUCAGGACCCUGAAAACAAGAUGCUUAUUCGUUGUGAUGAGAAGCUGAAGGAGGUCUUUGCAGGGAGAGAUGAAGUUGGUUGGUAUGCUUGAUAUUGUUGGGUUGAUAAGCCUCACUUCCUUAAAUGAUUGCAAGUUUACAGAUUUUCGCCAGCGUUUAGUUUUUAUAUGAAGGCCACAUUUUGGUGUAUGGAACUAUUAUAUUUGGAAGAAUCGUGUCCUACAACAUAGUAGUAGCCUUAGUUUUUUUGUUGGGUACAGAACAAGACUAAAUUGAAGAUUUUGUUUUGAAUGAUGUAAUUUCUUCAACAUGGAUAGUGGUGUGUGUACUCCUUUUAAUUAUUAGGUUUUAUUGGGCAUGUUAAAUA